ACCCUUUGCUGGCGCUUCUGCCUCCUCCCCCUCAGGUCCUCCCGGUCCGGCCCACAGGUCACAGAAAGGCCAGCCAGGCUGAUCCCGGCACUGUCCCUUCUCUCACUCCCGUGGCCAUCCCCACUGAGAAACCGGAGUUUUAGGUCAGAAUCAAAAUAGGGAGAUGUGUUGGCACAAGUGCCCUUCGUCUGGUCACGACUCCUUAAGGAGCUUUGGACGAACCCAAGUGUAUGUCCUUGUGUUGUUUCUGGGGAGAGGGGCAGCGGAUUCAUGAGUUUCUCGUGUAGGACCCCACUUAGCUGUGGACAUUUCCCAUAAGGGAUGAACUUGGCCUGAUUGUUCCUCUAAGGCUCCAUGUCACCACAGACCAGCCUUUCACGACCGUGUGUCUGCACACCACCGUGCAAGAGAGAGUGAUGUUUUGUUUUUAAGUUAUGCCUUAUUUCAAACUGCCGGGUGACCCUGGGCCCCCUGUUGGCCUGCUGUGGUUGCCGUGGCUUGGGGUUUCGGAUGUGGUGGCUGCACAGUCAUUGUAAUUACUUGAAGUCAGGAUCGCUGCCUGCAAGGCAGACCCAGACGGGGCAGCAUUUGUUCUGAGUUAGACAUAAAUUCAUGCCCUUACUGAACUCGGGCCUGACUGCUCUUGGAAUCCAACCAACGUCAAGUUCUAACCCAUGACACGGGUCUUUUUAGGAGUAGCUCAUGAACUCGGGAGCUAUCUGGCUGCUUUGUCUUGGCCCUCACCCCUUUCACGCUGCAUGCAAACUGUUUCCAAGGAGAAAUAGGAGAUGUUCCAGACAGGGCCAGGGCAGAGGAGCUAUUCCUGUUUUGGAGAGUGAUCCAGUGACCCUGAACGUUUGCUGGCCUUGUCUCCACCAACUCCUGCCGGCUCGCCCCCGCUUCUCCCUCCUUCCAUUUGCCUUCUACCAGAGCUUCACCCUCCCUCUCGCUUGGAAGCCUUGCCCCCGCCCCUGAGCCGGCCCCUGCUCUGGCCAAGUCUCUUCCUUUGUCACAGCUCCGCCCAGUCGGAUACACCCGCUGGGAAGGCUCCUAUGUUUCCUCCCCACCCACUCUGGGUGUAAGCUGGCGGAGAUGGACCACCCAAAACCCAAGGUCCUCCCAGCAGGUCACCGCUGCCCCGCCCUAGGAAUGCGGGUCUCCACCGCUGGCAGCAUGAGGUUCUCUGUGCCACCCUCCAUCAGCAGGAGCUCAGCCAUGGUGAACGAACCCAGAGGCAGUGGCGGCCCCAGCCCCCACUCAGAGGGCAGCAGCAGUGGUGGAGAGAGCUCCAAGGAGAGUUCCAGAUGUUCCACACCAGGGCUGGACCCCGAACGGCACGAGAGACUCCGGGAGAAGAUGAGGCGGCGGAUGGAAUCUGGUGACAAGUGGUUCUCCCUAGAAUUCUUCCCUCCUCGGACUGCUGAGGGAGCUGUCAACCUCAUCUCAAGGUUUGACCAGAUGGGGGCAGGCGGCCCCCUCUUUAUCGAUGUGACCUGGCACCCCGCAGGGGACCCUGGCUCAGACAAGGAGACCUCCUCCAUGGUGAUCGCCAGCACGGCUGUCAACUACUGUGGCCUGGAGACCGUCCUGCACAUGACCUGCUGCCGGCAGAGCCGGGAGGAGAUCACGGGCUACCUGCACAAGGCCAAACGGCUGGGCCUGAAGAACAUCUUGGCACUGAGGGGAGACCCCGUUGGUGACCAGUGGGAGGAGGAAGAAGGAGGCUUCAACUUCGCUGUGGACUUGGUAAAGCACAUCCGAAGCGAAUUCGGUGACUACUUUGACAUCUGUGUGGCAGGUUACCCCAAAGGCCACCCCGACGCAGGGAGCUUUGAGGUCGACCUGAAGUACUUGAAGGAGAAGGUGUCUGCGGGAGCUGACUUCAUCAUCACCCAGCUAUUCUUUGAGGCUGACACAUUCUUCCACUUUGUUAAGGCCUGCACCAAGAUAGGCAUUACCUGCCCCAUCCUCCCCGGAAUCUUUCCCAUCCAGAGCUACCACUCCCUCCGGCAGCUCGUGAAGCUGUCCAAGCUGGAGGUGCCGCAGCAGAUCAAGGACGUGAUCGAGCCCAUCAAAGACAAUGACGCUGCCAUCCGCAACUAUGGCAUCGAGCUGGCCGUGAGCCUGUGCCAGGAGCUCCUGGCGAGUGGCUUGGUGCCUGGCCUCCACUUCUACACCCUCAACCGUGAGGUGGCCACCACCGAGGUACUGAAGCGCCUGGGCCUGUGGAAUGAGGACCCCAGGCGGCCCCUGCCUUGGGCUGUCAGUGCCCACCCCAAGCGCCGGGAGGAAGAUGUCCGCCCCAUCUUCUGGGCUUCCAGACCAAAGAGCUACAUUUACCGCACCCAGGAGUGGGAUGAAUUCCCCAAUGGCCGCUGGGGCAAUUCGUCCUCCCCAGCCUUUGGGGAGCUGAAGGACUACUACCUCUUCUACCUGAAGAGCAAGUCCCCCAGGGAAGAGCUGCUCAAGAUGUGGGGGGAGGAGCUGACUAGUGAAGAAAGCGUCUUUGAAGUCUUCGCACACUACCUCUCGGGAGAGCCAAACCCGAAUGGCUACAAGGUGACCUGCCUGCCCUGGAAUGACGAGCCCUUGGCAGCCGAGACCAGCCUGCUGAAGGAGCAGCUGCUGCGGGUCAACCGGCAGGGCAUCCUCACCAUCAACUCGCAGCCCAGCAUCAACGGGAAGCCGUCCUCUGACCCUGUGGUGGGCUGGGGCCCCAGCGGGGGCUACGUCUUCCAGAAGGCCUACCUGGAGUUCUUCACUUCCCGCAAGACCGUGGAAGCGCUGCUGCAGGUGCUGAAGAAGUACGAGCUCCGGGUGAAUUACCACAUAGUGGAUGUGAAGGGCGAAAACAUCACCAAUGCCCCUGAGCUGCAGCCCAAUGCUGUCACCUGGGGCAUCUUCCCUGGACGGGAGAUCAUCCAGCCCACCGUGGUGGAUCCUGUCAGCUUCAUGUUCUGGAAGGAUGAGGCCUUCGCCCUGUGGAUCGAGCAGUGGGGCAAGCUGUACAAGGAGGAGUCCCCGUCCCGCAUGAUCAUCCAGCACAUCCAUGACAACUACUUCCUGGUCAACCUGGUGGACAAUGAGUUUCCGCUGGACAACUGCCUGUGGCAGGUGGUAGAAGACACAUUUGAGCUGCUCAAGCAGUCCUCCCCGGGCGAGCAGGAGACAGAGGCUGCACCCUGACGUCCUUACCCGGAAGCCGCUGUGUCCCACCUUCCUCCUCGCCAGGCCCGGUUCUCUGGGGACCCCCAUUCUCCUUCCCUCUUCCCUGAGCCCGGGCCUCCACCCCCAGAGGACGAUGGCAGCUAGACAACUGUGAGGCUUCUGGGCUCCGGCCAGACCCAAGUCGGCCCACAGAGGAGCCUGGUGCCCUCUGUACUGCUGAGAGUCUCUUUUGUGGGACCCUCCAUCCCGCAGAGGAUGGAGUGGGCAGAACUCCCUCCUCCCCGAGAAGGGGAGGAGACCGGUUCAUGCUGACUGAGCUCCUAGGACAGCCCCUAGGAGCCCGCCUGGAACGGCCGGUGACCUUAUUGUUGGGUCUGAGUACAGGCAGGGAGCACGGACCGCAGGCACUGAGGCCUUGCGGAAGAGAGACAGCAAAAGGAGGCUGUGCCCCCUCGGCCUCUGGGACACGCUACCAGGCAUGACCUACUUGAUAGAAGGGGCAGACCAGUGCCCAGUCCACCUACCCUGCCGGCCUUGGCACCAGGCUCCUGGAUGGGCCUUGGGCUGGAACUUAACCGGCGCUACCUGGGAACUCAGCUGAGUUUUCAUCUCUCUACAGUGCUGCUUUCUGAAACAACGGUUUCUAUGUUCCUGUGACUCGAGAGAUAGUGCCUCUUGCGGGUUUAAAGGCGUCUCUCCUCGUGCACGGGGAGCCUGGCUGCCCCCCGUUCCCUGGGCCACGGGGACACCCUGCCAUUACCAGCAAGGGCGAAAAUGAGAUUCACCCAAGCAGGUUUGUUUCUCCCUGGCUUCUUUCGCAGGUGCUAGCUGCUGUCUCCCCUCUGCUCACCCCCACUCCAAAGCUGUCUGCCUGGCACUGCUCCCCAGGAGUCAAGUCCUGUUGCCCAGGGCGGGGACAGGCAGCUGCACACAGCUGCACACCCUCUCCUGUCCUGCCUGCUGGUCUUUGCAGGCUCAGCGGAAAGGGUGGAGGUCCAGGGAGCGGCCUGGCAGAUGACAGAGGGGUGGCCUGUCCUGUUCCUUCCUUGGCUAAGGCCAAGGGUCAGCCUUUAACAGAGACAGCAAGAGAAGCAGCUAGAACUAAGACAGGCAUUUUAUUGUCCUUCAGUGCUCUGAGGGCAGCUGCCUGGACCGCAGGCUAUGGAGUGAGCACCCUGUGGCUAACAGCAUGCCCGUCCCGAUGGUUGGGCUCAGGGACAGGGGUGACAGUGCCUUUCCAGGGAGGCCAGCUUCCAUCCGCUGCUUUUUCAGGGAAACAAGUCAUAGCAACAGCCGCUGCUGGCGGCUCCUUUCCCUGGACUCCUGGCUGCCAGGCUCUGGCGCCACUUCCCAAAGGCCUGGAAUCAGGGAGGGGGAAGGAGAGGCUCUGUGGCUUCCAGGGUCUGCACUGUGUGCUCAGUCGAUGCCUGGGCCCAGGUCCUCUGCCCCCAGGGGGAGGAGCUGCCUUCCCUCCCCCAGGCAGGAAGCCCUGCCCUAGGCCAGAUGCACAAGCUCACAACAGAUGGGAUUUGUGGCCUGGGAGGCUCUGCUCAGUGGAGCAAUAAGGACAGGCUGGUGGACACUCUCAGGGACCCAUACCCUGCUGGCCAGUGUGAGUGGCAGCUGUGCCAGAGGCUAAGCCUCGUUCCCAAACCAAGCAGCAGGAUGGGCCUGACUGAGUACUCGACCACCAGCCAGAACCCAAGCUCUUCUCUCACCGAACUGACCUCCCUCCCAGCUCAGAAAUGGCCAGGUGUGACACUGGUUUUGGAAGAAGCUGCUGGGGAUGGGGG